GCUGUCGCCACUUUCAAAAGGGAGAUUUUCUCAUCGAAUAUCGAGGGGAAGUCAUAACUAAACAAGAAUAUGAAAGAAGGCACAGAGUAUACCAUGCUGCACUUGAAGUUUUUUUAUUUGAAUUUCGUUGUGAUGGAAAACAGUUGUGGGUUGAUGCUGCCAGAGAAGACGGUUCUUUAGGGAGAAUCGUCAAUGAUGAUCAUGUGAACCCCAACAGCAAAAUGAAAACAAUCAGAGUGGAUGGAAAGCCCCAUCUGUGCUUAUUUGCAGUAAAGGACAUAAGUCCUGGGGAAGAGAUAACGUAUAACUAUGGAAAUUCUGACUGGCCAUGGAGAAGAAAGGUUUGUUCUGAGGUUGAACAACAGGUGCAUGCUUUGGUCAGCUGUGCAGCAGUAGAUGGGUCAAAGGAGGUUUGUUCUGAGGUCGAACAACAGGUGCAUGCUUUGGUCAGCUGUGCAGCAGUAGAUGGGUCAAAGGAGGUUUGUUCUGAGGUCGAACAACAGGUGCAUGCUUUGGUCAGCUGUGCAGCAGUAGAUGGGUCAAAGGAGGUUUGUUCUGAGGUCGAACAACAGGUGCAUGCUUUGGUCAGCUGUGCAGCAGUAGAUGGGUCAAAGGAGAUCUCAACAACGUCUGAUUCUCAGCUGACAUGUCAUGACAACACUCAACAGAACUGUAAACAUGUCAUAAUUUCCUCAGUAGUAUCAAGCUUGAAUAAAUGUGAUCGCUGUAGUGGUCCUUAUUCCGCUUUUAAGUGGGCUGGUGUGAGAUGUAAGGUUUGUUCCCGCUUCUGGCAUAAAACUUGCUACGAGAAAAAUGUGAAGCCCAAACCUGACCCCUCAACAUCCGAUUCCGAAGUAGAAUUUUCCAGUGAGAACCUGUCGGAUGAGGAAUAUGUACCUAAUUCUGUCUCAGAAAGUUCAGACAUAAGCAUAGCGUCUCCAGAAAAACUCUUAAACAUUAAAAAUACUGAAGUGUUCUGCAUCAAAUCUACUGCAGAAAUUCAAAAUGGCAGACCAUGCCAAGAAAGUGUCAUAGGUAAAGAUUCACUCCCAAAAGUUCCAGUCUGCACAGCACAGCUUGAUGUGCCUAGUAGGAAAGUCAAACAAGUACAAAUAUCGGAAGUUCACAGCGAUGUAAGCGUUGGCAAUACUGAAAACACUGUUGAGGAUAUCACAGGCACAGGGGAAGAUCCAUCUUUACAAUCUUCAAAUAUAUCCUCUUCAGUAAGCAAGAAGAAUUACUGCUACAUUUGUGGAAAACCACAGUCAAAAUUUACACGCCACUUAAAAAUCCAUGAGAAUUCAAACGUCGAUGUUGCUCGGGCUUUGGCUCUACCAAAACAUUCCAAAGAGCGUCAAAAACUUCUGAACAAACUGCGGAACAAAGGAAACUAUGAACACAAUGCAGAUGUUUUAGCGAAUGGGACUGGAUUGUUAAAACUCAGACGUAAGCCAAAGAAAAGAUAUGAUUCAAAAGAUUAUGUGCAUUGUAUGUAUUGCCAUGCAAUGUUUCUCCGAAGGGAUCUCUGGAGACACGUUCGAAACUGUCUUUCCAAACCAGUUGAAGAUCAGGCAGUGCCAGGAAGAACUAGGGUCUUGUCUUUGGCAACAAUGUCUAAUGCAGCCCUGUGCCAACAAAUAUCACAAGGUGUUUGGAAGCUGCUAACUGUGAUGAAAGACGAUGACAUCUCUGCUGCUGUGCGGAGUGACUUUUGCAUUCUUCAGCUGGCCCAGUCAUUUUACAAUAAACAUGGGCAGGAUCCCACUAAAUAUGACUAUAUUCGACAGAAGCUCCGGGAAGUUGGAAGACUUCUGCUGAUUCUGAGAAAGGAAUUUUCUGUACAGACUCUUGAAGAUGCUGUAAGACCUGCAAAUUUCAAUGUGGUUAUCCAGGCUGUCAAGAAGGUAUCUGGGUUUGAUGAUGGAAAACACUCAUUCCAGACUCCAAGCCUUGCCCUUAAGUUGGGCCACUCACUGAAUAAGAUAUGUGACAUUGUACAUUGCAGAGCUCUAAUGGCAGAAGAUGGUGAGGGGAUAAAGUCAACCCAAGCAUUCAAAAAGCUGUAUGAUGCAAAGUGGUCUGAACUUGUUUCUCACACAGCUUUGACCACCUUGAAUGAGGGGCGCUUUAACAAGCCGUCUACCCUCCCUUUCACAGAGGAUGUACAACGUCUUCACCAGCAUCUUGAAAAGGUUGUUGAUUUAGCCUCUGAGAACUUGAAACAGAUGCCAUCAGCACAAGUCUAUGGCGACCUAUGCAAAGCGACUCUUGCAAAAAUAAUACUGUUUAACCGGCGACGUGGAGGAGAGGUUGCAAAAAUGCAACUCAAAGGUUUUCUAGAGAGGGACACAGCUCCCCUACACAAAGAUGUUGCUGUUGGGCUAACAAAGUUUGAACAAAAACUUUGUACACAUUUCAGUCGGGUGGAAAUUAGGGGUAAAAGAGGGCGAAAAGUGGCAGUUUUGCUGUCGCCAGACAUGGUUGAUGCCCUAACACUCCUCAUAAGCAGAAGAAGGGAGUGUGGAGUCCCUGAGGAAAAUCAAUUCCUGUUUGGUCGACCAAGCUGUUUGAGUUGUUAUAGAGGACAAGACUGUCUGAGGAUCUAUGCACACGAGUGUGGUGCACAAAACCCGGAACUCCUCCGGUCGACCCAACUGCGCAAACAUGUGGCAACUUUGUCGCAGGUGCUUAACCUGAAAAACCACGAGUUGGACCAAGUUGCGGACUUCUUGGGCCACGAUAUUCGUGUGCACAGAGAAUACUAUCGACUUCCAGAGGCUACAACCCAGCUGGCCAAGAUUUCAAAGUUACUCCUCGCUAUGGAGAAAGAUUCUCUUUCAAAUCUCCAGGGCAAAACCCUAGAAGAAAUUGAAAUUGAAGACAAGUUAGACUUUUCUGAUUCGGAACAUAGUGAAGACAGUGAUGCUGAGGAGGCGCAUCUACAGACACAAACAGAAACAGAUACUGACCCUGCCUUAGGAGGCCCAUCUAAAGAUCAUUGCAUGAAGGACAAAUAUCACAGCAGGAGGGAAGAGCAUGAACAACCUGGAAUGAAGAAAGCUAGGCGGCCUGUUGUGAACCCUCCAAGUACCUCAGAUGAUAUUGACUCUUCCUUUGGAGGCUCAUCUCAAGCCUCCUUUUGA